UUCGGAUGGUGACGGGAAGUAGCACGAUGGGACCAUAGAAAGUCCAGCGGGAAGGGGCGGAACUAGCUGUGAUCGCGGCUGCAAGCAGUGAGGGCCGGAGUCCCGGAAAGUUGAGGAUUAGCUGUGGCAUAGGGUCUCUCGCAAACGCCGGCACCAUGUCUAUUAUGUCCUAUAACGGAGGGGCCGUAAUGGCCAUGAAGGGGAAGAACUGUGUGGCCAUUGCUGCAGACAGGCGCUUUGGCAUCCAAGCCCAGAUGGUAACCACCGACUUCCAGAAGAUCUUUCCCAUGGGGGACCGCUUAUAUAUUGGCCUGGCUGGGCUUGCCACCGACGUACAGACCGUUGCUCAGCGCCUCAAAUUCCGGCUGAAUUUGUAUGAACUGAAGGAAGGACGACAGAUCAAGCCUUAUACCCUCAUGAGCAUGGUGGCCAACCUCCUCUAUGAGAAGCGAUUUGGUCCCUAUUAUACUGAGCCAGUCAUCGCUGGCUUGCACCCUAAGACCUUUGAGCCCUUUAUUUGUUCCUUGGAUCUCAUUGGCUGCCCCAUGGUGACUGAUGACUUCGUGGUCAGCGGUACCUGCUCAGAGCAGAUGUAUGGGAUGUGUGAAUCUCUCUGGGAACCUGACAUGGAACCCGAGCACCUCUUUGAAACCAUCUCCCAAGCCAUGCUGAAUGCUGUGGAUCGGGAUGCUGUGUCAGGAAUGGGGGUGAUUGUACAUAUCAUUGAGAAAGACAAGAUCACCACCCGGACCCUGAAGGCACGGAUGGACUAACCCUUCUCGCCCAUUUUCCUCUCCCAGAACCCAAUCUUUUCUUAAAAAAUAAAGUAAUAAGACAUCUCCUC